UAGAUUCUAUAUCAAUAAUUCCUUGCACUUGAAAUAAAUAAUACAGUAAUGAAAAUAGUUAAUCUAAUGGAAGCUAUUUUUAGGUGCCCUCUCGUCUCUCAACCUUUAAUUCCCAUGAAUGUUAUAAUACAACCCCCUUGAGAUGUAUCGUCCAAAUCAUCGUUCCGGUCCUAGAUAUUUGUAAUGCCCUUUUAGUUCGAAUGAACCGAAUUGAGUACUAAUCAUGUGUUUUUUUUUUUUUCUAAAAUACUGGGCAGUGCACGUGAAUGGGAAGGUUUGCAAGGACCCAAAGCUUGUGGAAGCAGAUGAUUUCUUCUUCAGUGGCUUGCACUUACCCGGCAACACAUCAAACGCAAUCAGAUUCCAAAUAACUUCGGCGAUCAUUCACGGAUUCAACACUCUUGGCAUUGCCAUUGGCCGUGCAGAUUUUGCACCAAACGGAUUCAGUCCUCCUCACACUCAUCCUCGUGGCUCAGAGAUCGUGCUUGUCCUCGAGGGUAGUAUUGAAAUCGGGUUUGUAACUUCACACCCGGAGAACCGUCUCUUCACGAAAAUACUUAAAGUGGGUGAUUUUUUUGUUGUUCCACAAGGUCUUGUACAUUUCCAGAGGAAUGUGGGGGAGGCUAAUGCAGCUACCAUUACGGCUUUUAGUAGCCAAUUCCCUGGGCUUAUUCGCGUUUCAGAUGCUAGUUUCGGAUCGGACCCAAAGAUUCCUAGUGAUCUUCUCGCCAAGGCUUUUCGAAUUGAUGAAAAGACAGGAAGCCAGAUACAAAAGCGUUUUUCUGGUUGAGUAUGAAGGAGGAUUGCC